UACGUACACCUACCCCGGGAUGGGUCUAAACAAAAGUCGGUUACCAUAGUGUUCGACACUAACUCAGCAGGUGAUUAUAGGUGGCACGUGAAGGUCACGCAAAUUGACUGCAAACUCGGAUACAAAUGGCAAUUAUUGCCGGACAACAGCCAGUCUGAGUAUCUGCCGGCGCCUAUCGGUUGCCUACAAUACUAUACGCCACCUACCAGUACAGUCGAGUCGUUCAAUUUUGGUCAAUACAUAAAUAACGUCGACUACGCCCUAUGCAUCAAACGUCAACCUAACACGUGCAGGGUCACCUACCAGGCCACUGAUAAUAACUGGUCUCUAGAUAGCACCCAGCUAUCAAAGGACCUUGCUGGUGUAGGUGAUGCAACAUGUAACACUGAUUACCUAUUAAUACCUGGUGGGUCGGGUAGUUCUGUGCCGGUUAACACCCCUACAUACGAUCGUUAUUGUGGUGGGCGUCUAAAUUGGCAAAACGGGGUGGCGUUGGAAGCGCCGGUAGUUUCGAAAACUACCGGUCCUAUUGUGCUAUGGUUUCAUUCGGACAGCAUUCAGGACCCGACGGUUAGUGAGGGAUUCCGUUUGCGUUACGAACAGAGCUCUGCUGAAUGUACUACCGGUCCGUAUAGGGAUGGCACCGGUAGUGAAGCGGUUAAAAAUUCUGGCGUCAAAGUGGUG